AUUAAUGGUAGGAGAGAACAAGGGAGCUUUUUCUAAGCUUGCUUUUCACCAUCAAUGGGUCCAGAAAGCAUUGCUUUUCCAUGGAGGACAACCUUUCUCCUCCAUAACUUCUCUCCAUCUCUUUGCAGGGAUUGCUCUUGGGUUGCUCCACUUGUGUUCAAUCAACCAAGCACAGAUAUCAACCACUGUGGCUAAUCAAUCUCAUUGUUGGUGAAGAAGCUCCAGAAUCCAUUGGAGGUAUGUUGCAAUUUUUCGACUUCAAUCAAGCUAGCACAUCGAGAAAGUUGUUUGGACAUAAGAGACACAAUGACGGCCUUGAAGCUCCGAGGAAUAGCUUGGAAUUUCCAACCAAAUCAUCUCAGAUUUAUCAUACACAUCAUGAAGAUAUUCCGGUAAAGCGGCAGUCAUCGAAAUCUAUCAAUUGUCCUAAUCAACCUAAAAUGAAGAAGUCAGCAACAAACAGUGACAUGUCGAACAGAAUGCAGAACAGAAGAAAUGCUCCGAGUGUUGUCGCCCGUUUAAUGGGCAUAGACACAUUGUCAUCUGAUAAAAACUUUAGUUUCUCAGAAGUAUCAUUUGACAAGAAACUGAUUUCAUCGACUCGUGAUACAUCACUAAGAUCAUUAGCUCCUGUUCACAGCACACUUGAUUCAGACCAGUCCAACAAUAGCAUGAAAACGACAAAACCACAUUAUCGAGAACAUCCCCAAGAAGAGUUACUUCAGAGAUUUAAGAAAGAAUUUCAGGCAUGGAAAGCAUCGAAGUCUUUAGAUCGCAACCUUCUCUUGCUCAAAGAUAACCAAAGCAUAGCACAAGAAAAUCUUAACAGGAUGAAAAUGGUCAGAUACAGGGAAUCUAAGAGAAUUUCUGUCCCCGAUGAACUGAUGAAAUCUAGAAUUCGUCCUUCAACACGGAACAAGAUGUUUGAUGAUCAACAAAGAGUUCCAUUUCAAUGUGAAGUUCAUACUAAUAAACAUUUCCGAUCAAAUGUUGAGCAGGAGAUGAGACACAGAAAAGACCGAUAUUUAGCUGUUACUAACAGUGAGAACAUCGAAGAAAAAGGUAACAUGGAGAAUUUUCUUCAAGAAGUGAAAGAAAGGAUCAGGCUUGAAAUUCAAGGGCAGACGAGAAACGCAUCUACCGCUAGAGGAAUCUGUGAGAACUCAAAUGACACGACAAAUAUUGCUCGACAUAUAGCAAAACAAAUCAAAGAAAGUGUGACGAGGAAAAUGGAUAGUGCAUUGGAUUCUUCAGAAUUCAUUAACAUUGAUACAAGAAAACUCAUAAAUGAUCGACUAAAGAAUGUGUUGGCAAAUCAAGGAAAUGCUCGGAAUUCAGUCAGUCAUCUGACUGAAUUCUCCAAAACAACAACUAAAUUGAGAAGCCGGGAAGAAAAGAGAUCUAUUGAUGAAUCAAAAUCUUGUUCUUUUGGAUGUAAAAUGGAGAUUAAUUCAGGAGUCAACCUUGUAAGGUCAUAUUCUUCUCCAGCUACUACUGGCCAUUUUCGCAUUGAUAAAAGGCAAGAAUUAUCUGAACAAAAUUCUCCGAAAGUCAGGAAGUGCAAGAAAGAUGGUUUCAGUAUCAAAGGCAAGGUGUCAAACUUGAAACAAAAUCUCACACUCAAAAGAAGGUUUUUCAGUAAGAAAAAACCAGCUUCAAGAAUUGUGAUUAAAUCUCUAAAUCCUAUUUUUGCUGAACCAUCAGUUGUCAUGAAUCAUGGUACUGUGAAGGACAACCACACUGAGGUGCCUCCAAGUCCUGUGUCACCAUUUGAAGCACCAUUUCCUGAAUUCUGCUCCGAAAUUUCCGAACUGACAAUUGGAAAACUGCAAACUUCUUGUGAGGAUGAACAAGCUGAAUCAAGAGAGAUUCAAAGCACUCUUUUAGAUUGGGAUGAGAAAGAGGAGGUCAAAUGCAGCAGAAAUGGAAGAGAAAUUGGUAUGAAACACAACAUAUUGUUUGAUUUAAUGAAUGAAAUGAUUCAUUCCUGCAAAGUUCCAGAGUCAGAGAUGAAGACAAGGACUGCAUUGAAUGAGAAUAACAAUUCUAUAGAUUGCAUGGUGGCUUUUCACUUGAAGUUGACUUCAUGGUCAGGUUCAUCCCUGAAAGCUGUUGACUUUGUUGGGAGUGAAAUGGAGCUGUUAAUCUUUGGUGAAUUGAUAGAUGAACUUGUGUGUGAGUUUUUUUUGUAAUUAGUGUUAG